AUGCCUGAAGCACAAAAGCACACCGCACGCUCCAUCCUAGAGGCGUUCUACGAUGCAGAGCGCAUCUACAUGUCAGCCCCCCCGGACAAGCGAGACUUCAGUGGCAUCGCAGCCACCCUGAGCCCCGAGUAUCGACUUCUACAAACCCCCGCUCUCCCGUAUGGGGGCGAGUACAUUGGCCCAGAGGGUCUGGAGAGAUGGGCAAAGCAGAUGGCAGACCACUUCUCGGUUGUAGAUGUCCAGGAGCCAGAAAUCUUCGAAAGGGAGGGGUCCAACCGGAUUGUGGUCCUCGGAAAUGUACACUUCAAGGCCCGGGCUACUGGGGAGGAGAUAGAUUACCCGUUCUGCCAGGUCGUCACCGUGGACUUGGAGAAGGGUGUGUUGACGGAGCAGCAGCCGUUCUAUUGGGAUGUCGCGGAGAUAAAUCGCAUGCUCGGGCACACCCCCAAAAAUUGA